CGGCCCCUCCCUCCUCCCCCAUAUUUAGUGCGAAUUCGAUCUGGGGCUGGGCUGGGCCCUACUUAACCGGGCCCGGGUGUCCGAGAGCGCGCCGAGCGGAGCGAAGCCAGGAGCCCGAGCGAGAUGAUGAUGGUUAUGCAGCCCGAGGGUCUGGGGGCCAGGGAGGGGCCCUUCGCGGGCAGCGGCGGGGGCGGCGAGUACAUGGAACAGGAGGAGGACUGGGACCGCGACCUGCUGCUGGACCCGGCCUGGGAGAAGCAGCAGCGGAAAACCUUCACUGCCUGGUGCAACUCACACCUGCGCAAAGCGGGCACCCAGAUUGAGAACAUCGAGGACGAUUUCCGCAAUGGCCUCAAACUCAUGCUGCUCCUGGAGGUCAUUUCAGGAGAGAGGCUGCCCAGGCCAGAUAAAGGCAAGAUGCGCUUCCACAAAAUCGCCAACGUUAACAAGGCCCUGGACUUCAUUGCCAGCAAGGGGGUUAAGCUGGUGUCCAUUGGUGCUGAAGAGAUCGUCGACGGGAACCUGAAGAUGACCCUGGGCAUGAUCUGGACCAUCAUCCUUCGCUUCGCCAUCCAGGACAUCUCUGUGGAAGAAACCUCGGCCAAGGAAGGCUUGCUUCUGUGGUGCCAGAGGAAGACAGCGCCGUACCGCAACGUCAACGUGCAGAAUUUCCACACCAGCUGGAAGGAUGGCCUGGCCCUCUGUGCCCUCAUCCACCGGCACCGCCCCGACCUCAUCGACUACGCCAAACUGCGAAAGGAUGACCCCAUCGGCAACCUGAACACUGCCUUUGAGGUGGCAGAGAAGUACCUGGACAUCCCCAAGAUGUUGGAUGCAGAAGACAUUGUGAACACCCCAAAGCCGGAUGAGAAGGCCAUCAUGACCUAUGUGUCCUGCUUCUACCAUGCCUUUGCCGGGGCUGAGCAGGCAGAGACAGCUGCCAACAGGAUCUGCAAGGUGCUGGCAGUGAACCAGGAAAACGAGAAGCUGAUGGAGGAGUAUGAGAAGCUUGCCAGUGAGCUGCUGGAGUGGAUCCGCCGCACCGUCCCAUGGCUGGAGAACCGUGUGGGCGAGCCCAGCAUGAGUGCCAUGCAGCGCAAACUAGAGGACUUUCGGGACUAUCGGCGUCUGCACAAGCCGCCCCGCGUUCAAGAAAAGUGCCAGCUGGAGAUCAACUUCAACACACUGCAGACCAAGUUGCGGCUCAGCCACCGGCCUGCCUUCAUGCCCUCCGAGGGCAAGCUGGUCUCGGACAUCGCCAAUGCCUGGCGGGGGCUGGAGCAGGUGGAAAAGGGCUAUGAAGACUGGCUGCUCUCAGAGAUCCGACGCCUGCAGCGACUCCAGCACCUGGCCGAGAAGUUCCGGCAGAAGGCCUCCCUGCACGAAGCCUGGACCCGGGGGAAGGAGGAGAUGCUGAGCCAGCGCGACUACGAUUCGGCUUCGCUACAGGAGGUGCGGGCGUUGCUGCGGCGCCACGAGGCCUUUGAGAGCGACCUGGCGGCGCACCAGGACCGCGUGGAGCACAUUGCCGCGCUGGCCCAGGAGCUCAAUGAGCUGGACUACCAUGAGGCGGCCUCAGUGAACAGCCGCUGCCAGGCCAUCUGCGAUCAGUGGGACAACCUGGGCACCCUGACCCAGAAGAGGCGGGAUGCGCUAGAGCGGAUGGAGAAGCUCCUGGAGACCAUCGACCAGCUGCAACUGGAGUUCGCCCGGCGGGCCGCACCCUUCAACAACUGGCUGGAUGGUGCCGUGGAGGACCUGCAGGACGUGUGGCUGGUACACUCUGUGGAGGAGACCCAGAGCCUGCUGACAGCGCAUGAUCAGUUCAAGGCAACGUUGCCCGAGGCUGACCGAGAGCGAGGUGCCAUCAUGGGCAUCCAGGGUGAGAUCCAGAAGAUCUGCCAGACGUACGGGCUGCGGCCCUGCUCCACCAAUCCCUACAUCACCCUGAGCCCGCAGGACAUCAACACCAAGUGGGAUAUGGUCCGAAAGCUGGUGCCUAGCCGUGAUCAGACACUGCAGGAGGAGCUGGCACGGCAGCAGGUAAACGAGAGGCUCCGGCGACAGUUUGCAGCCCAGGCCAAUGCCAUUGGACCCUGGAUCCAGGCGAAGGUGGAGGAAGUGGGGCGGCUGGCAGCAGGGCUAGCCGGCUCUCUGGAGGAGCAGAUGGCUGGGCUACGGCAGCAGGAGCAGAACAUUAUCAACUACAAGACUAACAUUGACCGGCUAGAGGGUGACCACCAGCUGCUGCAGGAGAGCCUGGUGUUCGACAAUAAGCACACCGUCUACAGCAUGGAGCACAUCCGCGUGGGCUGGGAGCAGCUGCUCACCUCUAUCGCCCGCACCAUCAAUGAAGUGGAGAACCAGGUACUGACCCGAGAUGCCAAGGGGCUGAGCCAGGAGCAGCUCAACGAGUUCCGAGCAUCCUUCAACCACUUUGACCGGGUCAGCAGGGGCCUGGCCCUACCAAGCCUGAUAUCCACACACCCCCUACAGAAGAGGAACGGGAUGAUGGAGCCCGAUGACUUCCGAGCUUGUCUCAUCUCCAUGGGCUAUGACCUGGGGGAAGUGGAGUUUGCUCGCAUCAUGACCAUGGUGGACCCCAACGCAGCUGGGGUGGUGACCUUCCAGGCCUUCAUAGACUUCAUGACCCGAGAGACAGCCGAGACUGACACGGCUGAGCAAGUUGUGGCCUCCUUCAAGAUCCUGGCAGGAGACAAGAACUACAUCACCCCCGAGGAGCUGCGACGCGAGCUCCCCGCCGAGCAGGCCGAGUACUGCAUCCGCCGUAUGGUGCCCUACAAGGGAUCCGGGGCCCCAGCAGGAGCCCUGGACUACGUGGCCUUCUCCAGUGCCCUCUAUGGGGAGAGCGACCUCUGACCCCAACCACUGAGGUUCUCUAUGCAAGAUGGAGAGAGGGUGCACCCUGUGGCUGAUCCCAUCCAUCCCUCAGAGCAAGGACCUGAGAGAACAGUCAGCCAAGUGCUUCUGAAUAAAGAUCCCUCUGUGGGUCUCU